AUGGUGGCCGAGUUCAAAGUCGUCGAAGAUGUUGGAACUGGAAAGGGAAUGCUUUCGUGUGUUAAAUUGGUCUACGAGGAACAGUAUGGAGGGAAUGUUAUUUUGAAGAUCCCGGGAUCCGACAGUACUCGAGAACGGUUUCUCAUUGACGAUAUCAUGUUCAGCAGACUUCACAAUACCGAAGUUGAUUCGUACACAUUUCUUCAACAACACCCGGACAAGAACAUCUCUUACCCCAAAAUCUUUGAACUGGAGAAGAUGGAUACAACUGUCGAACCAAUAAAACGAGGACACAUCAUCAUGGAAUACAUGAGUGGAAUCACUCAUCUCUACUGCUACGACAAUUUGAAACCGAAUGAGCUCGAGGAAGCAGUCAAGAAUUUAGCACGUUUUCAUUCAAUCGGUCAAGAGUUGACAAAAGUAGAAGCUGACCUUGUGCCGAGAGAUUUUUUAAAAGUUUGGUUCACAAAAUUAUUCAUUCAAUCGAACAAAGACUUGUUCAUUGGAACCUGGAAAGGUGAAAUGACAGAUUGGUUAUCAUCGGAGGUUGCCGAACAGGCAAUUGGAGAGUUGGAUGGAUUGCUCACCCCAGAGAUAUUCACAAAACUAAACGACGAUUGUCAGAUUACAGGUGUUCAAGAAGUCCUUUGUCAUGGUGACUAUUCAUUCCAUAACCUCCUCUAUCAAAAACUUUCCGAUGGAACAUUCAAGUUCAAAGCUAUUGUUGAUUUUCAGAGUGUAAACUGGGGAAAUGCCGCUCAAGAUUUAUCUCGUUUGUUCGUGACAGCAUUGAGUGGAAAAGAUCGACGAGAUUCAGAAGAACGUCUUCUGAAAGUUUAUUACGAUGAAUUGAUCGAAGUUUCGAAUGGAAAGGCGCCGUUCACGUGGAAUCAGUUGAAACAAAGUUACAUAAGAUUCUUCCGAUUGCAUGGAGCCAUUGUAUGUGCUGUCACACCUGGACUUCAAAAAUCUUCAGGAAAAAGCUGA